AUGACUUGGGCGCAGGCCUUCGCGCUACUCCUCUUUGCUGCCGCGCUCGUUGGUCGGACAUGGGGGGCAGCGACUGCAGGUGACAUAGUCAACUUGGGUUAUGCACGUUACCUUGGGAAUCGAACCUUUCCCAACACCAACGCAUUUCUUGGAAUACCAUAUGCCGAACCUCCGCUGGGUGAGCGACGCUUCAGGGCGCCGUUGCCUUUGAAUACUGCUCGUGUUCGCAAAGAAUCGCGUGGGCUAGCGAUAGAUGCAACAAAAUACCCCGAACCUUGCGUGCAAGGAACUACGGGAGGCGGCGAUGCCGGUGGCGCUGGCAGCGAGGAUUGCUUGAAGGUCAAUAUUUAUGCCCCCGUUGGUGCUAAGCGAGGCAGUAAACUACCUGUGUUAUUCUACAUCCAUGGAGGAGGCUAUGUCUUCGGGAAUCCUCGCAAUUGGCCUUUCGAUCAUUGGAUUCGCCAGAGUCCAAAUGUGGUCAUCGUCUCUGUGUACUACAGACUCGACUCUUUCGGCUUUCUGGCCACUCCAGAAUUUCGAAACCCAGUCUUCGGCGAUUUCAAUGCUGGAUUCAAGGACCAAAUCCAAGCUUUGGCCUGGGUAAAAACACAUAUCGAUGCCUUUGGCGGCGACCCAACUAAAGUCACGAUCAAUGGCGAAAGCGCGGGCGGUUCCUCCGUUGAAUUGCACUUGGUUGCUAAUGUACAACGGCAGCUAUUUUCUGGCGCGAUUGCACAGAGUGUAUAUCGAACCCCUUUGGUCACGCCGGAGCAGCAGAGGCCCUUAUUUGAAUUCUACUCAUCGCAGGCUGGUUGUGGUGUAGGUAAAAUAGCCCAGCGUUUAUCCUGCCUCCGCACAGCGAGUAUCAGCGCCCUUGCCCGAGCGCAAGACGCAAGUGGGACAAGUGCUUUUUCUGGUCCAUUCAAUGGCUUCCAUCCUGUGCUGGACGGGAAAUUGUUCACAGACCUACCGACGAAGUCUAUAAUCGCUGGUAGAUUUCAUAGAGUGCCUCUGAUAGUAGGAGCAACCUCCAACGAAACGCUUUCUGGCAGUGCUGACUUUCGCACAACUCUACCCGUUUUCUUCCCACUUCUCGACAAUAAAGACCUUGAUCAGUAUGCCAAGGUGUACCCAGAGUCCGAUUUCUCAAACGUCACCCAGAGGAACGAAGUGAUAACCGGUGAAUCCGAGUUGAUAUGUGCUAGGACGAUCAUGGGCAGCGCGUUUUCUGAGCGAGUCAACGCCUGGACAUAUCGGUAUAAUCAGAGGAAUCCGACAAGCGGAGGGGUGGGAGUUGGGCAUGCGGCCGAAAACUGGAUGAUGUUUUUGGGUACGAACACAGGAUUCAACGGAACCACGACGUUCACCAAGAUGUCGCCUAUCGAAACUUCGUUCGCCGAAGAACUCAUCGCGUAUUGGCUUUCCUUCGUACGCGCAGGGAACCCUAACACGUUCAAAUUGGCUCGUUCACCUACGUGGCCCCAAUACUCGAAGAAACAGCGUAACCGAAUCUCGCUACAGCAAGCGGCGGGCAGCACCACGAUAAGCGGAAGUACUAUAGAGCUUGAAAGCACGAAGGAAACAGAACGGUGUGCUUUCGUAGCCGGAAAGGUCGAGCAUCAGCAGAAUUGA